AUGAAGAAGUUCUUGCUCGUCGCCCUCUCAGCUACCGGCGUUCUCGCCGUCCAAUACUCUCCCAGCUUUCCCCUCCUCGCAGUCCGUCAAGUCGUAGAGGUUCCCUGCGCCGACCAGAACCUCAAGGACUGCGGCACCGGCUGCAUCCAGACCGACUGGACAUGCUGUCCUAGCAAGGCAGGCGGAUGUCCUCCUACAGCUUACUGCGAAGUCGGAUCGAACCAGCAAUACGGAUGCUGUCCUAAUGGCAGUAUCUGCAAUGGCGAGGGCGGUGGUACUACUCGUGCCGAUACGACUACUAUUGUUCAGGGUGGAGGUGGCACGGAGACUCAGUCCCCCAUCUUGGAGGGAUCUUCGACUGCUGUUAUUGUUCCUCCUCCUGUUGAUACCGCCUCUGUUCCUCCGGUUGUUCCGAGCCCUGUUGCGCCGGUUCCCGUGCCCGGAACACCCUACCCCACGCCCAGCACGGUUAUCGUCAAUGAAGGAUCAUCUAAGAAGUUUAGUUUGGUUGGUGUUUUGGCUGGUAUCGCUGCAAUCAUCUUCUGA